GUGACUUCACAGUCAUAGGAUCGGAAACUUAUCAAAUUUCAAAAUGAUUUUGUUUUUAAUAAACAUUAAACAUAAAGUCACAAGACAUUGUUUUAUUGAAAGCAGAAGUUGGAUUAAAGAUCUUAUAAUAUUGUUUGAAAGUUCGUUAAGAUCAAGUUGUUUUUUUCUAUAAGUUAUACGUUAAUUUAAUUUUGUUGUUCGUUUGUUUGUUUUAUUGUAACAUACAUUUUGUUCUAUGUUUGUGGUUCCUUUGGAAUUCAUAUUCAAAAGAAAUGGAUAAGUCUGUUUUAAAGAGAAAUAUAUUAUUCUUGUUUGGAGUUUUAGUUUUUGCUCUUCUUAUCUCUCUCGGGCGGAUAGCCGAAUAUUUAACAUCCGAAUAUAUUUACUGUACUCACAAUUAUAAUGCAAACGAGUCUUGCGCAGAGUGUAUAAACAAAAGGCCUCAAACUCCCAUUCCGGGUAAAAUACCACAACACAUUCAUCAAAUCUUUUUCUAUGAAACAAGUAGUCAACUACCAGAUAAACUUGUAAAAGCUAAAAAUAGUUGGAUACAGUACCAUCCGAACUACACGUACACUUUAUGGAACAAAACAUCUAUAAAUAGCCUUUUAGAGAGAGAGUAUCCGUUCCUAAGGAAACUUUACGACAGUUAUGGGCACUGGGUCAGACGAGCUGACGUUGCACGUUAUCUCGUGCUCUACCAUUAUGGAGGUUGGUAUGUGGACAUGGACGUUGCUUGCCGUCGAAGUGUGAGAACUUUAGAACAAGAGGCACAGGAACUCAAUAAAACUGCAAUACUCAGGGUAACCGAGCCAGUUGGAUUUUCAAACGAUUUUAUUGGGAUUACUAAACGUCAUCCAUUUUUAUUUUCCGUCCUGACGUCACUCCACAAGUCCAACAGAUGGUUUAUUUUUCCAUACGCCAAUACCAUGUUUUCUACAGGACCAACGUUCCUAUGGGGCCGGUACCUAAACUACCGGGAUCAGAAUCAAUUGUACAUCAUUAAUAACUCGUCUUACAGCAACUACCUCGUUUUAAUGCACAAUUCAUCAUGGCAUAGUUGGGACGGCAUUAUUGUAUGGUACCUGUUUCGAGACACGCGCAUGUUCAUUGUCUUGAUGACGUCAUUAGCGGUCUUAUUAUGUGUGACGCUGUUUUUGUGUAAAUAUAGAGGUGUUUGCUCACUGAGAAACAAAACAUAUAAAUAUAUUAGAUCUAGAAAACGUUCAGUUUAAGUAAGGACUAUAAGCUAUAUGUUAUAUAUAGCAAAACAUCGAUUUUCAUCACAUUUUGUUUUGUCAAAAAAAAGAAGCUUUAGUAAAUUAAAGUAAAUAUCUUACUGUUAUGUU